AUGUUGGAUGGAGCGCAGUUUGUGGAGGCCCUCGCACGAUUGGGUUACCCAGGUGCCGCCUCCCUUAAGGGCUCUGAAUUUGAUUGGUUGUUUGACUGUGCGCCGGAGAACCUGUACUUCUUGCGCUUCUUCUGUAGCAACCUAAACCGCAGCAACGUCCUUGCGCCCGAGGAGGUGCGGGCGUUCGAGGCCCUCCGUGCCUCCGGGAAGCCCAUUCUGAAUGAGGCUGCGCUAGGGGAGGUGCUGAAGACGUGUGGGCCUGUGGAUGGAGGUCCGGGGAGAGGAUCUUCCACUUCUCUUUGUGGGGAGGACGAUGUGUCCGUGCAGGAGCUGGAAGCAGAGCUGCAGGCAUUGAGGAGAGAGAAGCAGCUGAAACAGCGCAGGCUGAAGAAGCUCCAGGUUUUCGCCACGACCCGGGCCGACAGCGCGGCCCGACUCGCGGUGCACGAGGAGAGCGUCGCCGACGGAGCGAAGGGUGCCAGCUCCGCCCUGGGAGGAGAGAACGCAGGCACCAACGCCGCUCUGCAGAAACUCUCCGAAGAGGUGCAGAGACUGGCAGCGUUCUACCACGUCGAAAUCCCGUCCGUAACGAAAAACAGAGCCGCAGCCUCCACGGAGCACCCAGCGGGGCCACCAGUUCGCCUCUCCCAACUCUCCCUGGAGGCCUACCUCCGUCAGGAAGAGCUAAACACCAAGACCUUGGCUGCCUACACCCAGAAGCAGUUCUUCCAGGGCAUCUCCGACAUGGUGGAGAGCUCCAGCGCGGAGCGCUUUCAGCUGCUGGAGCUGAGUCACUGCAGCGAUGACGGAGAAGAGGAAGAGGAGGAAAAACGCGCGGUGGAGAAAAGGAGGAAGGAAAUGGCACGGCUGCAGUGGGCGCACAUGGUGGCGCAGCACCAGCUGCUGCGAGCGCGUGCGGAAGAGCAAGGAAACAGAGCCGCCAAGGAGUGGAUCUCGGAGUACUUGUGCCGUAAGAUUCAGCCCUCAGGUUCUCUCCAGACUCGUGAGUCUUAUCUGCGCUCGGAGCUGCGCGCCACCCAGUCCGAACUGGAGUCUCUGCUGAGCGAGCCAGUGCGUUCCGCCCUCCGCGAGAGCGCCAGGCUGCUCAACGUCCCCGUGGUGCGCGGGGACCUGGAUCUGCAGGUGGCCAGACAGGACUACUACUCGGCGCGGCAGGCGGAGGUGCGCGACCAGCUCCUGCGGCAGAAGGCCUCUUUCGAACUGCUGCGGCUGGCCCAAGAGACGGAGCUGCGGACGGACCAGAGGCUGCUGAAGGAGCUGGGAGACACGGCGGUCAGGCUGGAGGAGGCUGCCGUAGCCACCGCCCAGAGACUACAGGCCCUCUCUCAGCCAGAGCUGGCCGUCGCCCCCAAGCCCUGCCCGGUCAUCAGCUCCAGAGACAUGGCUCUCAGCAGGCUGCUGCAAACCCUGGAGUCGGGAAAAGGCCCAGGGCGCGAGGAGCCGUUUCGGACGUACGCCGCGCUGGAGGCCGCGGCCACCGAGCUGCGCGAGGAGCUCCUCUCGGUUCGGGAGGCUCUGGCGGGAGCGGGGACGGAGCAGGGCUACACGGUCGCCCGUCUGGAGAGCGACCUGGAGAGCCUUCGCCGCGCCGCUUACUCGGGGGUCCAGCAGGUCCUCCUGAGGCCGCAGGUAUGUGCCCCGGCCACGCCUGCCCAGGAGAUCUGUCCCAACGCACAGGAGCUGACAGUGACUCUGCAGGAGCUAGAGACCAAGCUUACCAGCCUGUAUAAGAUGCUACAGGAUGUGACCGGGGACAUACGCUCCAAACGGGCCCAGCUGGAGCGCAGCCCCACCCUCAGGCGAGAGAGGGAACUGUACGUCUACUUCCACUUGGACCCCACCCUCCUACGCAAAGCGGUGGAAGACAUGGAGGCCAGAGCAGGAAGCGGAGGUGGAGCAGGACGCGUGUAG